AUGUGGGGGUCGGGACCUCAGAGUCCUUUUGUCACUGCCCGAGCGCCUCUGAUCACUUACGAAUUAGAGACUGGCGACAAAUUUAACGUUUCCGUUGCAUCGAAUACUUAUGAUGGAUGGGCUGCACUCUACGUAGACACCACACUGACGAAUGGAAUGAUCAGCAAUACCUGGGGUGAAUAUACCUUGAAUGGCCAGUAUUCGAUAUUCGGUGUAUCCCGUACCAUCAACAUGAAUGGUCGCGGUAUGUCCAUCGAAGGUACCCAGCGUGUCUCCAACAUGGAGUAG